AUGGGAAUUUGUAGUGAAACGUUAAAAACGUUAGGAUUUACAAAAGAGAAUCAAGCCAAGAGGGCACGUACACGAUCGAGUUCAUUACAGUCAAUGUUAACAACGACGAGUAAUGAAUCGAGAAGCAGUUGUAGUAGUAAUGAAGAAAACGGUAAGAAAAGUCAUAAAUUAGUUAAAUUGAAGAAUUUGAAAAAUGGUGGUACUACUGUUAAAAAUGACCCAGGGGAAUAUGAAUACUAUUACGAACCAUUGGAGAUUUUUACCAAUCCGUUUAAUACAAAAUGCGUCAGUUCCGACAAGGGUUAUAGUGUUGAGUUAAAAGUGGAUACACCACCGGACAAAGUUGUUUUAUUACCAGAUCUACCGACUCAGUACAGUGAAGUUACAUCAACAAGGCAUUCCAACAGUAGUAGUACAACACAUCUAUUUGAAAAUUCAUCGACGAGCUCAGUACCGAAUGUCAGAAUAGCAUCACAAUCACUUACAAACGGUGGGGUUACGGUAUCGGGGACAAUUGUAGUUAAAUCGUUAAAUUCACAAAUUCCACAACGGUUAAGACAUCAGAGUGUUGCAUUGAAAUGCUUUGUGGAAGAAUACGCCUGUUUUGUCGAUAGUAAUAAUCCCGGUAGUAAUAAUAAGACAAAACAGAUUAAGCUAUUGAACAAGAAAAACGAUGCUGAUAUUACCCAUUUUUUGCCAUCUGAAGAAGUAAGGUUGGAUUUAACAGAUAUGGUCGAUCCAGAAUCCGUUGACGGCAACCGCUGGUUGCAACCACAUCAUACCUAUGAACUGCCGUUUACUUUUACUAUAAAACCUUAUGAAUUCCCAGCAAGUGUACGUACGUAUUUUGGUAGUACCCACUAUAGAAUUGAAAGUUUAACACAAGUGGGUAACGAUGAGAUCGAUACUUCAUUUUUAACUGAUCAAAUUAUAUUGAAAAGAGUCUUACCGACGACGAGUAACGUGAAAUAUGAAAGUGUGCAGAUGCAAGGUGACUGGAAUAAUGAAGUCAAUUAUGACGUUUCACUGAGUAAUAAAAUGAUUGAAAUGGGGAGUCCAUUCGAUGUUCAAAUUGGGUUAUUGAGAGCUAUUUCAUCUCAAAUUCGGUUAGAAACGAUUUCGAUUUCUGUGUCACAAACGGUUGCUAUUCCCUGCAUGAAUUCGAAGACUGGGAAACCCUUACCGACAUCCUACCUCAAGAAGAAUGAUAUCGAGAUUUACAGGAAAGAGAUGCAAGGUGCCUCGACAUCAAAUAAUGCAAGUUCGAAUACUAAGAUGGGAGGUGUGCUAGGCCAGACCAAAUUAAAUUGUGUCCGCCGCAGCAGUAGCGGUAGUAAUGGUGCCAGAGCUAGUUUAAGGGAUGACGUUUUGCAAACUCAUCAGCUAAAAGAUCUCGUUUUGAACGAAGGCGCGGCUCCAUGGUUAAGGCCAUUUUACUGUGAAUUGAGUAAUACGUGUGAUGGUAGAAGUAGGUUAAAGAUCACACACGUGAUUAAUGUCAGACUGAAGAUCUCCAAUGCAGGCUUAGACAAACAAGGUUUGUUCGAUACACAUCCCACCCACUUGACGUUCAAAAUACCAGUCUUACUAGUUGAUCAUGACAUGACUAUGAAUCUGUGGCUCCCACCGUAUGUGGAGGAAAUUGGUAGGCAGGAGCCUGAUAAGUCCGACACCCAGCACGAUAAAGGAAGUCCAUCGGCAUUAGUAGCAGCAGAUCCGUCACCUCCUGAGUAUUCUUCCGUUAUGUGA